AUGGGAGAUAACAUAUCAGAAACUGUGCGUAGAAUUAUGCAAAAGAUUUUCUCAGACAAAUUUCUUUCCAAUUAUUCGUUCAUUGGGUUUAAAGGAAAAUCUAAAUUAUCCAAUUUACAAAGCUGUACUAUAAUAUUUGAAGCAGUUCAUAAAAUGAAAAAAAUUCAUGAUAUCCCCUUCAAAGAUAUUGAAAAACCUAUUAAAUUGUGGAUGGCUCAAGCAUCAGAACGUAUUAAAAAAAAAAAAAUGAAAAGAAUUCAAAGGACCAGUCCAUGA